AUGAUGACGUGCCAUCUGCUGUGCGCCCUGUUGGUGCUCGCCCUGUGCUGCUGCCCAUGUGUCUUCACGACAUCGGUUAUUUCGGAAAAAGAUGCCCCCGAUGGACAGCCCACACAAUCAGAGGAUAAAAGUCGGGAGGCCGGUCCUUCUGGUCCAAAUAUCCCUAAAGUCCCGAACCAGGACAUUGCCGGCGUCUCAGCUCAGCCUGUUACAGCCGUUGCGGGAGGGGGAUCAGGCGUGUUGUCCAAUACAGAAGAUAAAAAAACUGCGUCUGUUCAGCCAGUGCCAGACGGUAGGAACACCGGCUCUACAGGAUCAACGGGUAAUUCCAAUAAUUCGGUGGAAACAAAUCAGGACCGUGAUUCGGAAACGCUAAAACAUAAUAAAGAUGCCACGGAAGAGGCACCAAAUACGACUACCACAACCACUACUACGACUACAACUACAACCACAGAGGCACCAAGUAAUACGGCCAUGAAUACAGAGGCACCAAACACAACGACCACCCGCUCACCGUUACGUCUUCGCGAAGUCGACGGCAGCCUCAGCAGCUCUGCGUGGGUGUGUGCCCCGCUGGUGCUUGCCGCAUCCGCGCUGGCGUACACCGCUCUGGGCUGA